UUCGCUUCAUUUCGUUUCUUUCUCUCUUUCUCUUUUUUUAGUAUUUUGCAACGUUUUUGUAUCCAUGGAGGAAGAAGAACCUUCCAUAACAUCGCCACUUCCAGGAACGUUACACAAGUUCCUCUCCCGCAGUGGCAAGCCUGUCUACGCCGCGAAGCCGCUCACAGUGGUGCGCUCCACCACCAGCAACGGCGGCGCACGUGUUCUCGCCGCGCAGCCAAACCCUAACGAGGACAAUCCUCUCCAAGAAGAAGGACAAGGCGAAACCGGCUUCGAUGUUUCUUAUUUCACCGCACUGAGCAAAAGGCAACAACAACAACGACAAAGGCUUGAGGCGUUUCUCAAUGGCACGAACACGAAGGUCGCUUCCAAAGGAGAGUCUCUGAAACCGAUGGCGCCAAUGGAAGAAAAAGUAGAAGAGGAGGAGGAGGAAGGUGAUGAGGCAGAAUCAACUCCACCGGUUCAACCGGUUAGUAUAGUGUCGGAACCGGUUCGACCGGUGCAGGAAAAAACGGUUACUGAUGACGUGGAGGUGGUGGAGGUGCGCAAGGCUGUGGAGAAGAGGAAUAUUCCUAAUCUCGAGGACGGGGAGUUUCCGGAGGAGGCUGGGUGGUUCUUGCUUGGGAGGAAGGUUGAGGUUGCGAUUUCCACGGCCAGAGGAGUGAACAGAUUGGUGGACAAUGAAAUCGUUCAUUUCAACUUUCCUCUUCCGACUUACUCGAGGAAGUCUCAGUUGAUCGUUCGUGUUUCAACCAAGCGUUCUGGAGAGGUUGGGAGGAUGCCAAUGGAAUGGGCAAAGAUUGUGAUUCCGCUUAUGCGUUCUGGAAAGGUCAAUGUUCGAGGCCGAUGCAUUGCUGCCCCAGAUAAACUGGAGAUGAUGCAAGAGAUUAUGUUUUUAGUGAGCUUUUAUAUUCACAACUCUGUAUUUGCCGACCGUGUUGACACCUCUUGGAGGCUAGAGGCUUGUGGUAAAAUUGAUGAUACUAUGUAUCCAAUUCUUGCCCUGCUAAAAAUGCUUGAGAUCAAGCCAUCUCGAAAGGCUGAAUUCACGCCAGAAGAUAUAGAUUCUCGAAAGCGGUUGCUCUAUCCAAGUGCUGAGUCAGAUGAAGCUGCAGCAUUGCCUUUGAUCAAGCGAAGAAAGGGUGGCGAGCCUAUUCCAGAGCAAAAUAAUGACGAACAAGCUCUUUCAGAGUCAGCUUUAAACAAAAUUGUUGGAGCUGCAGAAAUCUAUGACUUAAAGGAGAAGGAAGCCCCAAAGACACUUACGUGUAAUCUAAAGCCUUACCAGAAGCAGGCCUUGUAUUGGAUGGGUGAAAUCGAGAAGGGAAUGGAUGUUGAGAGUGCAGAAAGAACUCUGCAUCCCUGCUGGUCAGCCUACACUAUAUGCAAGGGAAGGACUAUUUAUGUCAAUAUAUUUACCGGAGAAGCUUCAAAGAAAUUUCCCAAAUCAACUGAGAUGGCAAGAGGAGGAAUUCUAGCGGAUGCAAUGGGACUUGGAAAGACCGUUAUGACAAUUGCUCUGAUACUCAGUAAUCCAGGCCGAGGCAACUCAGAAAAGAAGGAUGCGAUAAAUGGAUAUGAUGAUAUUAUAGCAAAUAAAAGAAAGAACGCUUACGCGAUGCAUAAAGUUGAGGGUGGCACCCUUAUUGUUUGUCCCAUGGCUUUGUUAGGUCAAUGGAAGGAUGAGCUUGAAACGCAUUCAAAGCCUGGUAGCAUAUCCAUAUUUGUUCAUUAUGGUGGCGGAAGAACUGAUGAUCUCUUGUUCAUCUCAGGGCAUGACGUUGUCUUAACAACUUAUGGUGUCCUAUCAGCUGAAUACAAAAAUAAUGGAGACAAUAGCAUCUACCACAAGAUCCAAUGGUACAGGGUGGUGCUGGACGAAGCUCAUAAUAUAAAAGCCCAUAGAAGUCAGGUUUCCCAGGCUGCUUUUGCUCUCUCAGCACACAGCCGCUGGUGUCUAACUGGAACACCGCUUCAGAAUAGCUUGGAGGACCUAUACAGUCUCUUGUGUUUCUUGCGUGUUGAACCUUGGUGCAACUCGGCAUGGUGGCAGAAGUUGAUUCAAAGGCCUUAUGAGAAUGGUGAUCCAAGAUCACUGAAGCUGGUCAAAGCCAUUUUGAGGAUGCUAAUGCUAAGAAGAACGAAGGAAUCGAAAGAUAAAGAGGGAAGGCCUAUACUUUUCCUGCCUCCAAUUGAUAUUGAAUUGAUUGAGUGUAAACAAUCGGAAUCUGAACGGGACUUCUACGAAACCCUUUUCGAGCGAUCUAAAGUUCAAUUUGAUCAGUACGUUGCACAAGGAAAUGUUCUACACCAUUAUGCCAAUAUCCUUGACCUUCUAAUGCAGUUGAGACGCUGUUGUAACCAUCCGUUUUUGGUUAUGUGCGGAAGCGAUUCCCGUAAGUAUGCAGACUUAGGCAGACUCGCAAGAAGAAUUCUUCAGUCUGAUACUGGUUCACCCAACGAAAGCAAUCAUGAUGAUCCACAGCAGCAAGCAGAGAUGAGCAAACUCGCAGAUAUAUUACUUCUUAACUCUGCUUCUCCGGACUCUAUUCAACCUCGUGCAUACAUCGAAGAGGUUUUGGAGAAUAUUCAAAAGGGCGAUACUGGAGAAUGCGCGGUAUGUUUGGAAUCUCCAGAAGAUCCUGUAUUUACACCAUGUGCUCAUAAAUUUUGUAGAGAAUGUCUGUUCAGUUGCUGGGGCACAUCAGCGGGUGGAAAAUGUCCAAUCUGUCGUAAAUUGCUCCAGAAAGAUGAUCUGAUCACUUGUCCAUCUGAAAGCCCAUUCAAGGUCGAUAUUAAGAACAAUGUGACAGAGUCUUCGAAGGUUUCAAAGCUAUUCGAAUUCCUGGAACGUAUUCUGUACUCACCCUCGGGUGAAAAGAGUAUUGUCUUCAGUCAGUGGACUUCAUUUUUUGAUCUCUUGGAGAAUCCAUUGAGGCGGAGAGGCAUUGGCUUUUUGAGAUAUGAUGGAAAAUUGACGCAGAAACAGAGGGAGAAAGUUCUGGAUGAAUUCAAUAAAACAAGGGAGAAAAGGGUUUUGCUGAUGUCGCUAAAGGCUGGUGGUGUUGGCUUGAACUUAACUGCAGCCUCAAAUGUUUUCAUUAUGGAUCCAUGGUGGAAUCCUGCUGUUGAGGAGCAAGCAAUAAUGAGAAUUCAUCGCAUAGGACAAAACCGUAGAGUUAAAGUAAGAAGAUUCAUUGUGAAGGACACAGUGGAAGAUCGUUUGCAACAAGUGCAGGCCAGAAAACAAAGGAUGAUAUCUGGUACCCUCACCGAUGACGAGGUUCGAUCUGCUAGGAUCCAAGACCUCAAAAUGCUAUUCACGUGAGAUCAUUUAUUCAUCUACAAACCCAAUUUUGUAUAGCUUUUUGAAUCCUUUCUACAGUGAAAGGCUUCUUUUUCUUGUGUACAUACAUCAUUUAUUGUUAUUUAUUUUAACACAAAAGGAAGCCCACUGUUUUUGUUAAUCUGUAGGCUUUAGUGGCUACUUCCUUUUUUGUCAUCUUCUCAGUUUAGAGAAUCGGAAAACCAGGAAUAGAAUUUUCCAAUAACUUAUCACGUUAAAGGUAAAUCAAUAAAAUACUAUUGCACCUUUUUUUUUUUCUAAGCUACUGAAUAGAAACCAAAAGAAACAACGUAGUUCCU